AUGCCGUCUUUCGGCGACGCCAUGGUCAUGGAGUCCUAUCCGUCUCACCCGUCUCACCCGUCUCACCAUUCUCACCACUCCCGCUACUCCCACCACUCUCAGCAGCCUCAGUACCCGACAGAAAUGGGCAUCAAUCUGAGCCUGGGAAGCAACAACCCUUACUCUCGCUACGCUUCUCCCACUCCUUCUCUGUCUUCCUCCUCGUCUGCUAGAAAGUCUGUUAAACGCCAGCGGUCAUCUUCAUUGCCUUCAGUCCAAUGGAAUGGACAGCUGGAGCAUCAUCCGCCACACCCACGCCGGGCACAGAAUGUGCCGCCCUCCUACUAUCCGCACAAUCGCCAAAAUAGCCCUCGCGGCCCUCGCCCACAUCCCAAGUACCCGCGGCAGUCGCUUCUCGUCAAUCCAGAUAUUAUCGACCGCCUGGACGACGUGGGUUUCUUCCAGUAUCACCACGAGGGGCCCUACGAUGCGGUCUAUGCCGAAAGAAACCACGACAGCAAAUGUAGCCCUAUUGAGGCUCUCAGGGAGUCCAACGAAGAGGCUCUCAAGGCGACUCCAAAGGACAAGAUAGCCGACUGUCUUCAGAGCCACCGUCCUCUCGACGGAGUGGCAUUCUAUCCUCCCGGAACUACCGACAAGACGGGGAAGACUUAUGAAUACGAGGAAGGCGUCAACAUGAUGAAUGACUACGGAAACUUUACUCGUUGCCCUGGCUUGAAAUUUACCGACGAGGACUUCAAGGACGAUCCGUUCUACAACACUCCGCUUCCCAAGCCGCUUGCUGCUCUCCGCAAGGCACUGAGUCUGCGCCGGUGCAAGCGCAGGGGAACCUCCUGA